UGUCCCCCAGCAUCUCCCUUCCACACCUGGUUUUGGAGUGACUGAUGCCUCCCUGUUGAUCCCUUUCUCUCCAGGUCGGUGGCCACACGAUGCUGCCCAUUCGUUGGAUGCCUCCAGAGAGCAUCAUGUACAGGAAAUUCACGACAGAAAGUGACGUCUGGAGCCUGGGGGUCGUGUUGUGGGAGAUCUUCACCUACGGCAAACAGCCCUGGUACCAGCUGUCAAACAACGAGGUGAUAGAGUGUAUCACUCAGGGCCGAGUCCUGCAGCGACCCCGCACGUGCCCCCAGGAGGUGUAUGAGCUGAUGCUGGGGUGCUGGCAGCGAGAGCCCCACAUGAGGAAGAACAUCAAGGGCAUCCAUACCCUCCUUCAGAACUUGGCCAAGGCAUCUCCGGUCUACCUGGACAUUCUAGGCUAGGGCCCUUUUCCCCAGACCGAUCCUUCCCAACAUACUCCUCAGACAGGCUGAGAGGAUGAACAUCUUUUAACUGCCGCUGGAGGCCACCAAGCUGCUCUCCUUCACUCUGACAGUAUUAACAUCAAAGACUCCGAGAAGCUCUCGAGGGAAGCAGUGUGUACUUCUUCAUCCGUAGACACAGUAUUGACUUCUUUUUGGCAUUAUCUCUUUCUCUCUUUCCAUCUCCCUUGGUUUGUUCCUUUUUCUUUUUUUAAUUUUCUUUUCUUUUUUUUUUUUUUUUUUUUGGUCUUCCCUGCUUCACGAUUCUUACCCUUUCUUUUUAAUCAAUCUGGCUUCUGCAUUACUAUUAACUCUGCAUAGACAAAGGCCUUAACAAACGUAAUUUGUUAUAUCAGCAGACACUCCAGUUUGCCCACCACAACUAACAAUGCCUUGUUGUAUUCCUGCCUUUGAUGUGGAUGAAAAAAAGGGAAAACAAAUAUUUGACUUAAACUUUGUCACUUCUGCUGUACAGACAUCGAGAGUUUCUAUGGAUUCACUUCUAUUUAUUUAUUAUUAUUACUGUUCUUAUUGUUUUUGGAUGGCUUAAGCCUGUGUAUAAAAAAGAAAACUUGUGUUCAAUCUGUGAAGCCUUUAUCUAUGGGAGAUUAAAACCAGAGAGAAAGAAGAUUUAUUAUGAACCGCAUUAUGGGAGGAACAAAGACAACCAUUGGGAUCAGCUGGCGUCCAUCCCUACUUAGGAAAUUCUCAGCAACUGUUAGCUGGGAAGAAUGUAUUCGGCACCUUCCCCUGAGGACCUUUCUGAGGAGUAAAAAGACUAUUGGCCUCUGUGCCAUGGAUGAUUCUUUUCCCAUCACCAGAAAUGGCGGCGUGCAGUAGAGAGCAAAGAUGGCUUCCGUGAGACACAAGAUGGUGCAUAGUGUGCUCGGACACAGUUUUGUCUUCAUAGGUUAUGAUGAUAGCACUGGUUUGUUUCUCAAGUGCUACCCACAGAACCUUUGUCAACUUCAAUUGAAAAGAGGUGGAUUCAUGUCCAGAGAUCAUUUCGGGGUCAGGUGGGAAACCAAGAACUUGGAAAAGAUAAGACAAGCUAUAAAUUCGGAGGCAAGUUUCUCUUACAUUGAACUUUUCAGAUCUCACUUCCCUCCGACCCCUAACUUCCAUGCCCACCCGUCCUUUUAACUGUGCAAGCAAAAUUGUGCAUGGUCUUCGUUGAUUAAUACCUUGUGUGCAGACACUACCGCUCCAGACAUCGUUCCCCUGAUAGGUAGAGCAGAUCCAUAAAAAGGUACGACUUAUACAAUUAGGGGAAGCUAAUGGAGUGUAUUAGCUGAGUUUCAAUGUCUCUGGGUUGUACGGUGGUGAUGGGUUUUAAUGAAUAUGGACCCCGAAGCCUGGAAAUCCUCAUCCACGUGGAACCCACAGGACUGUGGGAAGGGCAGAAUCAAUCCCUAAGGGAAAGGAAACCUCACCCUGAGGGCGU